AUGAAGGUCAACACCCCCACCAUUGGCGCUGUCGCCGCCACCCUCCUCAGCCACACCGUCCUCGCCAACCCCAUCCCCGGCACUUCGCCCAACCCGCUCGCCCGCCGCUCCAACAGCGGCGAGGCCACCUUCUACGGCGGCAACCUGAACGGCGGCAUGUGCUCCUUCAGUGGCUACACCCUCCCGUCCGGCAUCUACGGCACCGCGCUGUCCGACUCCAACUGGGCGACGGCAGGCAACUGCGGCGCCUGCGUGAAGGUCACGCGGGGCACCACCAGCCUCACGGCCAUGGUGGUCGACCAAUGCCCGGGCUGCGGCACCAACCACCUCGAUCUGUUCCAGGACGCGUUCUUGAAUCUGGGCACCGCGACCGAGGGCAUCAUCCCCGUGACCUGGGACUACGUCAAGUGCGGCAUCACGACGCCGAUUACGCUCAAGAACAAGGAGGGCACGAGCGCGUACUGGUUCAGCAUGCAGGUCAUGAAUGCGAACGAGAGGGUCAAGAGCCUGCAGGUCAGCACGGAUGGCGGCAGCACGUGGAAGGAUACCACGAGGACCGAGUACAACUACUUUGAGAACUCGUCGGGCUUUGGGACGGAUACGGUGGCCAUCAAGGUGACGGGCGUCAGUGGCGCGACCAUCAUUACCAAGGAUGUGAAGGUCAGCGGAGGUGUGACGAAGCAGGCUGCAUCCAACUUUUGA